AUGUCAGAAACAUUGUCAAGGUUGCUAAUUAUCACAGCUGGUACACUCUACCCAGCAUACAGAAGUUAUAAAGCAGUCCGAACGAGGGACACCCGAGAAUACGUAAAAUGGAUGAUGUAUUGGAUAGUGUUCGCCAUCUACUCCUUCCUUGAGAACAUACUAGACCUACUCCUCUCGUUUUGGUUUCCGUUCUAUUUCCAACUCAAAAUUGUGUUUAUAUUUUGGCUGUUGAGCCCGUGGACCAAAGGAGCAUCGAUUUUGUACAGAAAGUGGGUCCAUCCGACACUAAAUCGACAUGAAAAGGAUAUAGAUGCGCUUUUGGAGUCCGCCAAAUCCGAGUCAUAUAAUCAGAUCAUGAGAAUCGGAAGUCAAAGUUUGGUGUAUGCCAGAGAAGUGGUGGCAGAGGCAGCUGUAAGAGGACAACAGCAAUUGGUUAAUCAGCUUCAAAGAUCCUACAGUGCCAACGACGUCGGAACCGAGCGUGUACCCAUUUCCAAAUCUACCGACGUGACAAGUAUCGAGGAGCUCGAGGAGCACAGUGACGGAGAAAUUCACAACCCACAACUGUCACCUCGUCCGAAGAGACGAGCCGCGGCAUCCAGAUCUCGAUCAAGAUCCCGAACUCUGGAUAAUGCAAAUCCAGGCGGUGCAGAUAGUGAAUAUGCGGCCACAAUUCCACGUAGAACCGCUAGAAGACCCAUUCACUAG